AUGAAGAUUUCGACACCAAUCCUGGCUACUAUGGCUCUGCUUGCAAUGGCAGCAUUCAGCGUCCCUGGUGCACUCGCCGAGCAAUCCAUUGUGACGAGUAUCACCGACAGCUCAUUGCACGCUUCCCAACCUGUGAACGACGAGAAGGCAUCGUGGGCACCGGUCCGAGCUCUAAAAGUGAAAGACUUACCCCAACAACAAGGAAAACAUGACAACGGCAACCCGCAGCACCAUCAUCAACACCCCAACAAGAACGAUGCCAAGCAGGGCCACCACCGUGCUCUCGGUCAGGGUCCAGUAGCUACACCUGCUUCCACUACCACGAGCAACACGAAUGUCACGCCAGCUCCGACCAAGCCGAAGCCUACUCCUGCUGCCACAACGACGAAGGCGACUCCUGCGCCAACCAAGCCGAAGACUAAAGCACCUUCUCCAAAGCAAAAGGCGACUCCGCCAUCUACGAAGUCGCCCAAGCAGAAAGUGACUCCGGCACCAACGAAGUCGACGCCUGCGCCUAAGCCGAAGGCGACCCCCGCGGCUACGAAGCCGACGUCUCCACCGACCAAACCCAAGCUGAAUGUGACUCCUGCUCCAACAAAACCGACUGGCUCGAAGCCAACACCGCCUAAGCCGAACAAGACAGCAGCUCCUACGGCUACGACUUCGACGAUUUCCGGAGCUGUGCAACAGAAGACCCGCAACUUACGUGACGGUAAACCCAAGCAGCAAUACCAGCACCAGCAUCAGCAACAGUCCCUUCCCAAUCAGAAGAGUGGAGGCCAGCCGGCAUCGAAGAACGGCAACAAGCACCACUAG